ACAUGGCAGGUCGGUAUGCAACAGCAGCGAUUCAGGUCGCAAUUGGCACCUCGAAGGACCAAGUACCGUAAAGCUCACAAGGGCCGGGUCGCUCUUCCCACCGGCGGUUCGACCAAGGGAACAACGCUUCAACUCGGCUCUUACGGUCUCCGCCUCCUUUCCUCCGUCCGCCUCACGGCUAAACAACUCCAAUCUGCCGAAGUCGCCGUCAAGCGAAAGAUCAAGGCCGUCAAGGGUGCCGAAUGCUGGAUGCGAGUCUUUCCCGACGUGCCCGUCUGUGUCAAGGGAAACGAGACGAGGAUGGGAAAGGGAAAGGGGGCGUUCGAGUAUUGGGCUUGUAGGGUACCCCAUGGGAAAGUCGUGUUCGAGGUCGGAGGUGGUGGGAUCCGGGAAGAGAUCGCUAAAGAGGCUCUUCGACUAGCCUCUGCGAAGCUUCCUGGACCGACCGAGUUCAUCUCCACCUCGACCCCUCCUCGACUGGGUAAC